AUGACGUUUAUUGCACUAUUACUACUGCAAUUCAUUACCUGUAAUGGUUACAAAUUUCUUGUAUAUUCACCGGCUUUUGGAUACUCGCAUAUGAACUUCAUGGGCUCUAUAGCGGAUACAUUAACUGAAGCAGGACACAAUGUGGUAAGUUUGAUUGCAGUAAUAUGCGAGCUUCCUCGCAAAUUCCUUGAAGGAAGGAAAUAUGCCAUGGUAAUCAGUCUGACAUUGCUGAUACCGAUUAUGGACCCUGAACUACAAGAUAAAACCGGAGUUAAACUGGCAAAAAACAUCGUGAAGACAUUGCUGAUACCGAUUAUGGACCCUGAACUACAAGAUAAAACCGGAGUUAAACUGACAAAAAACAUCGUGAAGGUCUCAAUUGAUCCACGUGUACUCGAGCUGGAUAAGCAUAGGACGAAACAAAUGUCACAAACAUGGACCUUGAAACCAAGCAUUACCGCUAUAAUAGAGGUAUCGAGUUUUGCUCGCUUGGAGAAAUUAGGAAGAACUACGCUUUCAGAUGGGCAAGACUAUGACGGACUCUUUCAUGUACCAAUGUGA